AUGGAUUCCGUCCGCUGUUCACACAAAGAACUUCCUCCCUACCUCUACCGGAUACAGGGAAGGACAACCGAAACACAAUAUAACCAAUCCGGCGGUCUCGAAGCUAGGGACACCACGACACUAUUUGGGAGGACAUCAGGCCAGGACAAAUUCAGCGAAGCUGUCUACAACCAAUUUGACUGGUAUCUCGGAGGCCGCACUCAAUUCAUCUCUUUCUUUUCAAGCAAAAUCCAUGCAAUCUGUUGGGGGCGUAAACUCAAGAAAUGGGGACGAAGAAGCCACAGUGAUGAUGACUGGAGCAUCCUCACCAUCGACACAUCUUGCCUCGAAAACACGUACGUGUUCAAGCUCAGCACAGUGAUUGAUGAGUUGGGGGUACAAAUCCCGCAAAAGGCAGGGGAUGCCCAUAAGGAUGAUGCAUAUUUCUGCCUGUACAGAGUGCCACCUUGUGCGAUAGUCAGCAAGAAGACGGGAAGCGAACUCGACCCGUCCGACAGUAUAGGUAGGUAA